AUGGGUGAACAGGGCCCUAAGCCAGGCGCUGAGUCGCCUACUUGCUCCAUCGAGGAGUUCACGAGUACCUCGUUCGACUAUAUUAUUUGUGGAGGUGGAACUGCGGGAUGUGUUAUUGCCGCGCGACUCACGGAGAAUCCUGAUGUAACAGUUGGCGUCGUUGAAGCUGGGAAAUAUCGCAUCGGAGAUCCGUUGGUGGAUACGCCAGCGGCGUUCUUACAAAUGUUUGAGGAUCCUGAGUAUGACUGGUGCCUGUACAGUGCACCGCAGAAAGAGAAUCGAGGACGCAUUCACCAUAUCCCUCGCGGUAAACUGCUCGGUGGCUCUAGUGGCAUCAACUACAUGAUGUAUGUCCGGGGAUCUCGACAAGACUACAAUGAUUGGGCUGAGCUAGUCGAGGAUGAGAGUUGGUCUGCCGAUACCAUGCAACAGUAUAUGCGCAAACAUCAGACCCUCGAGCCGUAUGACGAAGCGAUCACUGACCGCUCGACUAUGCCUUUUGUUGGCGAAUUCCACGGGACGAGUGGGCCAGUCCGAACUAGCUUCAACGACUCGAUCCUCCCAAUCGAGAACGAUGUCAUCAAAGCUUGCGACGAAGUAACCGGAUUCACAAAGAAACCCACGGAUCCCUGGAGCGGCGACCACAUCGGUUUCUAUCACACCCUGGGCUCCAUCGUUCGGACAGGCCCUAACAAGGGUAAGCGUAGCUAUGCAGCUCCCGGAUACUAUGAGGCGAACAAGGCAAGACCAAACCUCAAAGUUCUCUGCUCGACGCUGGUCAACAAGGUCGUUCUGGAUGGUAAUAAAGCCGCCGGAGUGAGCAUCUCACACGGUGGCAAGGACUACGAAGUUGCCGCCAAGCGCGAGGUCAUCGUUUGUGGCGGAGCCCUCAAAUCCCCCCAGAUCCUCGAGCUCUCGGGCAUCGGUGACCCGGAAGUACUCAAAGCUGCAGGAGUCGAGUGCAAAGUCGCCAAUCCAGCCGUUGGCGCCAACCUCCAGGACCACACCAUUACCUUGGCCGUGUACGAGACACAGCCCGGCACCGUGACGUUGGAUACGCUCCACCAGAAUCCAGAAGCCAUGCAGAAUGCACAGAAGCAGUACGUGGAGACGGGUGGCGGUCCGUUGAGUUGCACAUCCACGAUGCAGGGUUUCUUCCCAGCUAAAUUGGUCAUGUCUGAAGCCGAGAUUGAGGCUGUGGUCCAGAGUAUUCGGGAUAUCAAGCCGACGAGCAAGUUCCACGAGCGCCAGCUCAAGCAAAUUAUCAGUCAUAUCCAGAGUGACGUGUCUGCGAAUAUCCAGAUGGUCUUGAUUCCAGCGACUGCGAGUACCGAAGGAAUCGAGCACCAGAAACACCUUUUCCCGCCCGCACCCCCUGACAAGCCUGCCGGUCUUACCUUUGCAAUUUGCUUGCAGUACCCCGUAGCCCGGGGCUAUGUCCACAUCGAUAGUUCUGACCCCACCAAGCCCCCGGUCAUCCAGCCAAACUAUGGAGGUCACGAUGCAGACAUCACCCUCCUAGGCGCAGGCUUCCGAUGGAUCGAUAAAGUUCGCCAAUCUGCACAUCUCAAGUCAUCCCUAGGGGGUCGCACAUUCCCUGAACCAAGCGUAGACCUGGCUGACAUAGCCGCGGCCAAAGAAUCUGUACACGACGCCGUGGCUGGUGAGUACCAUGUCUGCGGGUCCGUCGCAAUGGGUGAUGCGCUUGACUCUCGACUGCGCGUCAAGGGCGUGGAGGGCCUGCGGGUCGCCGAUGCCUCGAUUUUCCCGAAUAAUGUCAGUGGAAACAUUGUUAGCAGUGUAUAUGCGGUCGCGGAGAAAGCGGCAGACAUGAUCAGGGCCGACUGGGACUUUGCACCACUGAAAUGA